CUCGUGGGCGAAAAACAGUUUGUGUUUUUUUUUUCGUCGAGGCCGAGAAGGUCGCACGUUGAGCGGGUUUUUGUGGAGUUUUCAGUCUCUGAGUGAUCGCGAUCGUGUUUAUUCCCGCUGAUUGCAGAGUAAUUGACUAGAUGAGCGACAAACGUGUUCUUGUUAUCGGCAGCGGUGGUCGCGAGCAUGCCAUUUGCUGGAAAUUGGCACAAAGCCCGCGCGUGGAGGCCGUUUUCUGCCUCCCCGGCAAUCCUGGCUUCGCCGAAUCCCCCAAAAUCCACCUCUUGACCAACUCCUCCACGCGCCACGAGGACAUCGUGGCACUGUGCCAGGAGAAGGCCAUCGAUCUCGUGAUGGUGGGGCCCGAGGAUCCUCUGGCGAAGGGCCUGGGGGACGAUCUCAGGGCGGCUGGCGUUAAGUGUUUCGGCCCAGGCAGCGCCGGCGCGCAGAUCGAGGCGGACAAGGAGUGGGCAAAGAAGUUCAUGGUGAAGUACAACAUUCCAACGGCUCGCUUCGCAGCCUUCACGGACGCCGAGAAGGCGAAGAGCUUCAUCCGCGGCGCCCCAUUCGAGGCGCUCGUGGUGAAGGCCAGCGGAUUGGCGGCGGGCAAAGGUGUCGUCGUGGCAACGUCGCGAGAGGAGGCUUGCGCCGCCGCCGACGAGAUGCUGACGUCCAGGAAGUUCGGCGCGGCGGGAUCUGUGGUGGUGAUCGAGGAGAAGCUCACGGGCGAGGAAGUGUCCGUGCUGGCCUUCGUGGACAGCACAACUGUGAAGGUCCUGCUGCCCGCGCAGGACCACAAGCGCCUGCGAGAUGGCGACAUGGGGCCCAACACAGGCGGAAUGGGCGCCUACUGUCCGUGCCCGCUCGUGACGCCCGAGCAAAUGGACGAGAUCACGCGAGAUGUGCUCCAGAAGGCCGUCGCCGGACUGCGAAACGAAGGGAUUCCCUAUUGCGGAAUCUUGUAUGCUGGCAUGAUGCUCACUCCGCACGGCCCAAGAACCCUCGAGUUCAACUGCCGCUUUGGCGAUCCGGAGACUCAAGUGAUUCUGCCACUGCUGGACAGCGAUCUGUACGAGAUCGCGCUGGCGUGCUGCGAGGAGAGGCUGAACGAGGUGCAGAUCCGCUGGAAGACGGAUCUGCAUGCGGUGGGCGUGGUGAUGGCCAGCCGUGGCUAUCCGGAGACGUCAACGAAGGGCUGCAAGAUCACGGGCUGUGACAAGGUGACGACGCAGAGUGGCAAGAUUGUCUUCCACAGCGGCACGCGGAUGAACGCCGAGGGAUGCUUCGAGACGAACGGCGGGCGCGUGCUGAUCAACGUGGCGCUGGGCAGCUCUCUGGCCAUGGCAGCGAGUGAGGCUACGGCUGCUUGCGAGGUGAUCCAAUUCGAGGGGGCGCAGUUCAGGAGAGAUAUUGGCCAGAAGGCGAUUGUCAAGGCAUCGUACAGAGCCAGUGGCGUGAACAUCGACGCUGGCGAGGAGCUGGUGAAGAGGAUCAAGCCACUGGCGCGUGGCACAAAUCGGGCGGGCGUGAUUGGUGGUCUGGGCGGCUUUGGCGGCCUCUUUCGUCUGCAGGACGUGACGCGCCGCGGUGCGAAUGGACAGGAGACGCGCUACAGGGAUCCGGUUCUCGUCCAGGGCACUGACGGCGUGGGCACAAAGCUGAAAAUAGCCGAGGCGAUGCAGCUCUACGAGACGAUUGGCGUGGAUUUGGUGGCCAUGUGUGUGAAUGAUGUGCUGUGCAACGGCGCUGAGCCUCUGGUCUUCCUGGACUACAUCGCCUGCGGUCAGCUGGAGGUGCCCAAGGCCGCUAUGAUCGUCAAGGGCGUGGCUGAGGCGUGCAGAGAGGCAAAGUGCGCCCUCGUGGGCGGGGAGACAGCCGAGAUGCCUUAUCUGUACGAGAAGGGGAAGUACGAUCUCGCUGGCUACAGUCUGGGAGUUGUGGAGAAUGACGAUAUCCUGCCGCGCAUGGAGGACAUAGUUCCGGGCGAUGUGGUGAUUGCAUUGCCGUCAUCUGGAGUGCACAGCAAUGGCUUCAGUCUGGUCAAUCGCGUCAUGACCAUUCAAGGAUUGAAGUUCACCGAUGAAGCGCCUUUCAGCACUUCCAGGAGCAACUUUGGCAAGGAAUUCCUCACCCCGACGCGGAUUUACGUGUCUGAGCUGCUUCCUCUGGUGCAGAGGCGAGCAGUGAAAGCGCUGGCGCACAUCACAGGUGGUGGUCUCAUAGAGAACAUCCCAAGAGUCCUUCCCAAGCACUUGGCUGUGCACAUCGACAGCAGUGCCUUUGAAGUCCUGCCAGUUUUCGGUUGGCUCGCCGCUUCCGGGAAUGUUAGCGAAGGUGAAAUGCUGAGGACAUUCAAUUGUGGCAUCGGAAUGAUCGUCAUCUGUGCUGGUGACAGUGAAGCUGUCCAGGAGUUGACGAAGCGCGAUGGACGAGUGAUUGGUGUGAUCGAGAAGCGCUCGGAAAAGGCUGUGAUCGUGGAUAAUUUCACGGAAGCCCUGAAUAGGGCAAAGGCACCAUUUGUGGAUGCUGAGAACAUUCCUGAACCCAUCACUUAUCGUGCUAGUGGAGUUGACAUCACGGCGGGAGAUGAUUUUGUGCGGGAAAUCAAGCCACUGGCCAAGGAGACGAGUAAGCGUGGUGUCUUGGGCGGUUUGGGGAGUUUCGGUGCACUCUUCAGGCUCAACGAGUGGGAAAAGAAGUUCACCGAUCCCGUCCUGGUGUUCAGCACAGACGGCGUGGGCACGAAACUGAAACUCGCCCAGGAAAUGAAGCAACACUACAACGUGGGAAUCGAUCUCGUGGCCAUGUGUGUUAAUGAUGUCGCCUGUACAGGAGCUCAUCCUCUCACAUUCCUGGAUUACUACGCCUGUGGCCGGCUGAACGUCUCGCAAGCCGUGCAGACUCUUCGGGGAGUUGGCGAAGGAUGCAAGCGAGGUGACAGUGCACUUGUUGGUGGAGAAACAGCCGAAAUGCCGGGAAUUUACCGUGAGGACGAGUAUGAUUUGGCGGGAUUCUCCCUUGGUGUGGUCGAACGAGACAAUAUCCUGCCGAAGAUUGAGAAAAUCGUGCCUGGCGAUGUGAUUAUUGGCCUCCCGUCGACUGGCGUGCACAGCAAUGGUUUCAGCCUUAUUCACUUCAUUCUGCAGCGCCUGGGAAAAUCCUGGACCGACAGAGCGCCUUUCAGUGCAACUGGCAAGUCUUAUGGCGAGGAAUUUCUGCGCGAGACCGCAAUUUACGUGGAGGAAGUGCAAGAAGCGCUCGCAGCGUGUGAAAUCAAAGCCAUGGCGCACAUCACGGGCGGAGGAUUGGUGGAGAACAUCCCGAGGGUGUUGCCCAACGACGUGAAGGCUCUGAUUGACUUCAGCAGUGUCAGCAUUCCGGCUGUUUUCCCGUGGCUUCGCCAGACUGGCAACGUGAGCAACGAAGAGAUGCUGCGGACGUUCAACUGCGGCAUCGGAUUGGCUCUCAUCCUGCACAGAUCGAGUCUGGAGAAACUUCGCCACGGAAUGAUUGGCCGUCGCUUGGCGCUUCUGGGCUCAAUUGAGCAUCGUCGCGGUGAUGAGAAUCAGGUGCACAUUGAGAACUUCCACGAGAGAAUCAACUUCUUCCAGAAUCUCGUGAGCACGCCUCGUCGUAAAGUAGCCGUUCUCAUUUCUGGCAAUGGGAGCAAUCUUCAGGCCCUGAUUGACGCCUCCAGGGACUCUUCGAGGAACGUCUGGUGUGAUAUUUGCCUGGUGGUGUCGAACAAGGAGGGCGUCUUUGGACUGGAGAGAGCCAAGAAGGCGAACAUUCCCAGUGUUGUCCUCCAGCAUCGUGAUUUCCCGACUCGAGAGGCCUUCGAUCAGGCAAUGUCCCUGAAGCUCCAAGAGCAGGGAAUUGAGCUCGUCUGCCUGGCGGGAUUCAUGAGGAUUCUGUCUGAGGGCUUCGUGAGGACCUGGAAGGGAAGAUUGCUCAACAUCCACCCAUCUCUGCUGCCUCGUCACAAGGGAGUCGCUGCUCAGAAGCUCGCCCUGGAGGCUGGAGACACAGUCUCCGGCUGCACUGUCCACUUCGUCGACGAGGGCGUCGACACUGGUGCCAUAAUCACGCAGGAGAGCGUGCCAAUCCUUCCUGGAGACACCGUGGAUAGCCUCUCAGAGCGCAUCCAUCGUGCUGAGCAUCUGGCAUUCCCCAAAGCGCUGGAACUCGUCACCACUGGCCAGGUGAGCCUGGGCGGUGAUGGGAAAACCCUCUGGCGCUCCUGGAAGUGAGAAUCUCAAAGUGCCAUAA